CGUCAAGUGCUGUCAAUGUCGGCUGAGUGGACUCCUACUGAGGGACCUGGCGCCUUUGCAACAUAACAGAAAAUGUUGCAACUACGUACCUAUUCCCGCCUUGCAAGACUCUUCUCGACGGAGGCAGUGCCUAAAGCAACGAAAAAGGCACGUUCGGCCAAACCUCCUAGGGAAUACAAAAUCCCAUCUGACUUGGUGGAGUAUUUUGCAUCGAUAAAUCAACAGAACUUACUCGAGCAAUUCUCACCUAAGAUGUUACGGAAGAAACAUAAGUUUCCAGACAGUUACUACAUAGCCAGCCCAGAGGCUGCCAAGUUAAUAGCCGAUUACGUCAGUAAGCCGGCGGCCAGCGCAAAAGUCAUCCUAGAAUCGAAUCCCGGGCCCGGGCUUCUAAGCGAACAUCUUGCGCGUUCGAGCGCCACCAAAAUCCACCUUUUUGAAAGCGACGACAACUUCGAGAAGAAAUUGCAGGAUACUUACUCGGGACAGGGGAAGCGCAUAAGGAUCCAAAGAGGUGACCUGGUGAAUAUGUGGCGGAUCGGCUUUCAGGAUAGGGAAGAUAACGGUACCAGAUUGCAGGAGCUCUUGGCCGGAGUUCCAUCCAAGAGUUGGUCGAGUAAACCGAUGCGAUUUUUUGCUGCAGUGGGUUCUCUAAAUUUUUUCAAAUAUCUCAUCUACUCAAUUGUUCGCCAAAGUGAUAUUUUCACCCAUGGUCGAUUCGAAAUGUUCCUCGUUGUCCCACCACCUUUGUAUAUUCAUUUAACUUGCAAUGCCCAGGCUGGAUAUAUCAUGUAUCGUGCCAACACUAUCCUUUUCCAAAUUAUGUUCGAGUAUGAAUACUUGACGAAAAUUCCCAAAAAGUGCUUUUUGCCCUGGCAGUAUGAUCAUAAGCCAGAGAAACUAAAAAAACUCACACGGUUUUAUUCCAUCGAUGCGGAUUAUCUGUAUCUUGUUAAAAUAACUCCACGGGCCGACAUAUAUGAUUUAUGUCCUUUAGAAUUCAUGCAAGCGCUGUUAUAUUUUGUUAAGCAGAAUUGUGUCAGUAGAAAGCAUCGAGUUAUUCCAACAUUGGAAAAAUGGGCUCCCGGCUGCGGUCCCCGUUUAAUCAUUGGAACAGACAAUCCUUGUGGCGUGAAGCCUUUGCACCGAAACGGAGAUCACGAAAUUCCACAAUAUUCAACACAAUGUACAACUAUGUCGAAUAAAGAUCUCUACCCGAGCAUGAAUAUUUUCACGGAGUUUGGUGAUUUAACGCCAUCCCAGAUUUUAACUUUGUUCACUCAAUUCCGACAAUGGCCUGAAUUCAAAGAAAGUCCAUUUUUGGCAUCACUGGAGAACAGUCUAUUGAAAAUGGAGACAUCCGAACAAGAAGCAACUAUUGAAGGACUCGAUCUACACGAAGAAGAUUUUGUAGGUAGCGAAGGUAACACGAAAAGCAGCAGUAAAAGGAAUAGCUGACGGAAACACAAAAUAACUUCUUAUUGUAAAUAAAAUUGAAUAAAUUA